GCCCUCUGUGUGUUAAGAUUUCACUUAAGAACCAAUGGAAUGGUCUAAAAAAUAGAAAAUAAUAAACUCCGCCCACCCGGGGCACUGGGCGAUGCAAAACGAACUCACCCAGUGAGAGAGGACGAGGCGGGGAGCCGAGAGUAUGUAACCUGCCUACAAAUUAACACCGCAAUCAUAAACUCUAGCGGCGAGUUUCCUCAUGUUUCUCUCUCGUGUCCUCGAGUUUUGCUUUACUGUCGAUACUUAUCUGGAUUUUCUGGCCGUCUAUUCCUGAUCAUCAUUCCGCCGUCUACUUCUGAGCGACUUCCGACAGCUCGCAGAAGACGGAGCCCGGCGAACAAGCCCGCACAGCUUCUUCCCGAAUAACUGGAUCUUCGGCUGCCAGACCGGAGAGCCAAGGUGUCAAAUUCAAUACGGAUAUACCAAGAGAUGGAGAAUUCUGCGCCCACGAUGACCGUGGGAUAACUGUGCAAAAUGACACGUUUAUCUGUUGACCGAAAAAGCGGCUUGACGUUUUAAAUCUUACAAACUCGAAGAUGGACAAUUACUUUCCCCCUAUUUUAUCAGUAUGAUAAGAUCGUCAUAGCAGAGGACCGUUCGAGUUCGACUAAUAGGCGACGUGGAUCUCAAUCAAGCCAAGAGGAGCAGCGAAGAACGCAUGCUUUGGGCAUGGUGCCUACGCCCCAGGUGUGCGUAUCUACCCUGGUCACGGUGAGCACCAUGGCAGUGGUUGACCUCUACCUGCUGGAGCAGAGCAUGCUGGGAGCCCGUGGCAAGGCCGGGCCCGGCGUGUGGCCGUGCGCUGCUGUGUUGCUAGGUGACCUGGGCUUCCUGCUGGCUCUGCGUUUCGUGUCGGCGGGAGUGGUGUCUGAAGCGCCCUCGCCUCGCCGAGGCUUUGCCAACGCACUCUGGUUCCUCUUCCUGUCCCUGCUCCAGCUCAAACUCUUCUUCGUCUGCCAGAACUACCGGACGGAACGCCGACCGCCCGACCCCUUGGCCAGGAAGACGCUCACCUUGCUGCUGUCAGUCUGCCUGCCCUCCCUGUUCCUCAUCCUGACUGGGGCUGACAACAUGACGCCCCUGAGGAGGAAGCAGGAAGUGCGGGGGAGGCUGCUCUGGGUGGUGGUGGACCUGCUGGAUGUUCUGGACUUGCAGGCCGGGCUGUGGGAAGCCCAAACAGGGGCCACUGACCUGGGGGUGCCCCUGUGGGCCGAAGGCCUGGUGUUCUUCUAUUGCUACGCCCUGCUGCUGCUGCUGCCCUGCGUGGCCCUCACAGAGCUGGGGGCUGCAGCCCUGCCGGGACAGAGGGGGCCCCGUAAGGAGGCCCUGUACCCCUGGCUUAGCCUGGUCACCAUCAACGUGUUCACAAUGGCCCUCAGGGGCACAGGCAUGCUGUGGUACAGGGACCCCCGUGUCUCGACAGUGUUCCUGGGGAAGAACCUGCUGGCCCUGGCUGUGAAGCUGAGCUCUGCCUGGGAGAGGCACAAGCAAGGUGGGAGCAGGGGGACAGGGAUGGGGGCCGGGGCGGGAGUAGAGUCAAGUAUGGACUCCACCCUGGCAACCCAGAGCUCAGAGCAGACAGAAGUCCAAGCCCUAGCCAAAACCACCCCCAGGCCACCCUCUCGCAACCACACAAUGUCCCGCUCCCACAGCCACUCUGUGUCACACGUCAGUCUGGAUCCCACAGAGACCUCUCUGGGCCCUUCCUUCAUCUCCCAUGAACUCUAGAAGCUGUCCAGACUGAGACAGCUUAACAGCUGAAGCCGAGCUAUCAGAACUCCCCAGUCAGGGAAGCAUUUAGCACUGAAGAGUGAAGACCGUUGGCCUCACACAGACGAACAAACUAAAAACAACACAUACACCCCAUGCUCUGUGGACCAGCCAAGGCAAUCACAUCAGUAACUCAUUCAAUUAGCUCACUUUGGUUAAAGGGAUGAUUUAUCCACCCCUGGGUCCUGCCAGCCUGUAGUAUUUGGUUAUCCGAGGGAGAGAGAAGGCUCAGGGCUGGGGCGGAGUGAGAGAUGUACAGCGAAGAAGUGCCUCGCUUUUCAAGGAGCUACAAUCCUCAGUACUGGUUCCACACAGACAUGAUCUGCGUCAUAUGGGACUCAAGACAUAAUACCAUGGUGUGAGUCAGUGUGUGUACUGUGAAAGCUCUUCCACAGCUCGUCAGCUACACCUCCAGGACAGCUUCUAAACUGUAAUAAAGUGUUUCAUACUCA